UCAAGGUUUCCCACAAUGCUUCAGUCCAACGCCGUGCGUAUACAUAUCCGAAAUUCAGAAGCAGAUAACAGACUUCGGAACGAGCAACAGACGCACAGAGCUGAAAUGGAAGAUCCGAGGAGACGUUCCACUCUGUCGUUCACUUUCAUCCUCUGCUUCUCACUGUGGCUCACGCCUGGAGAAACCGCCACCUAUUGGGAUCAAUGUAUUGACGAAUGUCCGGCGAUGCAUUUCACCUCCAAGUACGAUGUGCAAUGUUCUGACAGGUGUGAACAGCGUGGUUAUGACUACUACUGGUGCAAUUCCCUAAGGGGCUGGGACUACUGCUCACCAGGAGAGGACAUUGAUUACAAAGGCAACCCCUGUCGCAAUGCCUGUGGCAAACAUGGAGAAAGCUUCUACAAGUGUUUGUUGUGGGAAGGACACUGGGACAAAUGUGCUCGGGUGGAGCCGAAGGCAAUGAUUUAUAAAACCAGGUAUCAUAGACAAUGUGUUGACAGCUGUCAGUAUUAUGAUUCUUAUUUUACGGAUUACUUCAGGUGCCAUGAUGGACAUUGCUGGGAGUACUGCUCACCUCUACAAGACCACACCUACAAGAAUGAGCCUUGUCGCCCAGAUCACAAGUGUGGAAGCUAUGGUAAGAGUUACACCUGGUGCUACACAACAUUCGACAACGACUGGGAUUACUGUGGAGUGAUCGGUCCUGGAGAGUGUGUGUUUUCCCAGACAUCCCGCGCCAAACGACAACCCAAUAAUCCAAGAGUGAUCUGUACCACGGAAGAAGACAACACCAGGAGAGUGACCACGUUCACAGAAGAAGGAGAUUCUACCAUCGCUCAAACCAACAGAAAGUUACGCAACGAAGCCUUAGACUUAAUUAACCGAUGGAACAACCAGCACUUGAGUAACCAGUCCAGGUCCGAGUUGAUUACAUCGAGCAAUCUUCGCCUUUACAACCAGGGACUGUUCAACAGGAACAAUCAGCGGUGUUACAACCUGCAAAUCCAGCUCAACGGACAACGCGCUUCUGGACGCAGCACCACUGUGGCACAUAUCAUAGUUCCUGAUGACACGUCAGCUGAAUACAUGCGUUGGGCCUUCAGGGAGAGUUUACAGCGCCAGGUCAGUGUGGUGUUGGAAGUCGAGGAAGCAUCCAACUCCACAAACAACAACCAGAAGUGUUGUAAACAACGUAAAUAUUAAGGUCACUCAAACGUGUGUAGCUGAUGAUUGUGACAGCGCACACGUUAACUGCCUCAUGUCAGAGGCAGAAUGAGUGAGUGAAGCUCUCAGUUAGCAAACGUUGUGUCUUAAUCGGUUUUCAAUCUGUCUUUAUCAAUAAUCGCUCAAUCCCAGAGAAUGAGUUUUUAUUAUUUGUCUUCUUAGUGCUUUCUGCGGAUGAAGUGGUUCUGUUGGCUUCAUCGGGCCGGGACCUCUCGUGCUCACUGCGGCGGUUUGUGUAGUUCUACUGAUUGACACAAGUGUUCUACAUCAAAACAAAUCAAUGUCACAUCUCCGCUUUAGUUUAACGACCCUUUUAUUCUGCAUGUUGCCUCGUUUUAUUUUGAAACUCACAUGUUGUCCUAUUUCCGGUCACUUCACUUCCUGAACCUCCUGUGUUUCCUGUGAUAAACAAGUGAUGUUCUCUCUGCCCCUUCGAUCGCUGCUCGUUAAGGCUGCGACACACUUCAGACCCAGUUUUCACCUUUGACCAUCGCAGGGUCAUUCCUGACAUGAAACAUGUUUCAUAUCCACGGUAAUUGGCUCCGACAGAAAACAGCACAAGCCAAUGAGGAUGUUGUGUACUUUUACAGCUGCGACUAACAUCUUCAAAGAAUCUCUGACUGAAACGUUGCUAAUGUUCAAAGAGCUUUCCACAGAUUCGAGUGUGUGGAGGAGUCUUAUAAUGUGUUUCUUUUUGCUUUAGUGCUGAUACUGAGUCUGAUGUUUAUUUUCCUCUGUUAAAUGAAAUAAUGCAGUAACUAUAAUAUGCCUCACAACUGAUUUAAAAACUACCUGUGUGCUUGUUGGAUGAUUUACAGCUGAAUAUCGAGCUCAGGCUGACGGGAAGAGUCGCUGAUCAAAUAUAGAAUUUGGCCUCUGCUCUCUGAUCAGACUCAGAAACGGGGUCAGCAGUGAUGAACCAAAAUCCACGACAACCUACUUAUGUAAUCUAUAUAAUCAAAUCUAUGUAAAAUGCAUCACUGAUUUUCAUGAUGUUCUGUUUUUUCUUAUUAAAGCUUUGCUCAGAAUCCA